AUGGAUGUGGACGACGAAGAGAACAUGAGUUCGAGCAGCGCCGACGUCAAGGAAAACCGCAACGUGGACAACGUCCCGCCCAAGGAGGGCAGCGCGCCCGGCGCCGCGGAGGGGGCCCAGCUGGCCAACGGCGGAGGCGGCGGCGCCGGCAGGAAGCGGCCGCUGGAGGACGGCACCAACGGGCACCCCAAGUUCCGCGCCAAGCGCCGGAAGAAGGUGCCGGGGCCCAUCCUGCCCAAGAACGCCCUGAUGCAGCUCAACGAGAUCAAGCCCGGCCUGCAGUACAAGCUGCUGUCGCAGACGGGGCCGGUGCACGCGCCCGUCUUCGUCAUGGCCGUCGAGGUGAACGGGCAGGCGUUCGAGGGCUCGGGGCCCACCAAGAAGAAGGCCAAGCUGCACGCCGCCGAGAAGGCCCUGCGCUCCUUCGUGCAGUUCCCCAACGCGUCCGAGGCCCACCUGGCCAUGGGCCGGACCCUCUCGGUGAACACCGACUUCACGUCGGACCAGGCCGACUUCCCCGACACCCUCUUCAACGGCUUCGAGACGCCCCUGCGGCCCGACGCCCCCUUCUACCUGGGCUCCAACGGCGACGGCGGCUUCAGCCCCCGGCCGGACUUGGGCGCCGCCGCGCCCGCCGCGCCCCCCGCCCUGGUCCAGGCGCCCCUCCCCCUGCCCGUCGCCUACCCGUCGGCCAGCGGCAAGAACCCGGUGAUGAUCCUGAACGAGCUGCGGCCGGGCCUCAAGUACGAGUUCCUGUCCGAGAGCGGCGAGAGCCACGCCAAGAACUUCGUCAUGUCGGUGGCCGUGGACGGGCACGUGUUCGAGGGCUCGGGGAGGAACAAGAAGCUGGCCAAGGCCCGGGCCGCCCAGUCCGCCCUCGCCUGCCUCUUCCACAUGCAGCUGGACCAGACGCCGUCCAGGCAGCCCAUCCCCAAGGAGGGCCUCCAGCUGCAUCUGCCCCAGGUUCUCGCCGACGCCGUGUCCCGCCUGAUCGUGGACAAGUUCAGUGACCUCACCGACAACUUCACGUCUCCCCACGCACGCAGAAAAGUGCUCUCUGGAGUCGUCAUGACGACAGGCACAGACGUCAAGGACGCCCAGGUGAUCAGCGUCUCCACCGGGACCAAGUGCAUCAACGGCGAAUACAUGAGUGACCGCGGGCUGGCCUUAAACGACUGCCACGCGGAGAUCAUAUCUCGGCGCUCCCUGAUUCGCUUUCUCUACACACAACUCGAACUUUUCCUGAGCACAAGAGAGGACCAGCAGAGGUCCAUUUUCAUGAAGUCCCAGCGGGGAGGCUUCAAGCUGAAGGACACGGUCCAGUUUCAUCUGUACAUCAGCACCUCUCCGUGCGGAGACGCCAGGAUCUUCUCGCCCCACGAGGCGGCCCAAGAUGAUCAGGCAGACAGACACCCCAACAGGAAAGCGAGGGGGCAGCUGCGGACCAAGAUCGAGUCGGGCGAGGGGACGAUUCCCGUGAGGACGACGACCACCAUCCAGACCUGGGACGGGGUGCUGCAGGGGGAGCGGCUGCUCACCAUGUCCUGCAGCGACAAGAUUGCCAGGUGA